UUUGCUGUAUAAACAAGUCAAUUUGACCAUCGUCUCCUAUUCUAUAAACGAUGUUGAUAUAAAAGCUUUAUUACAUUUAAUAGGUGUAUUAUCAUUUUUAAGCAAUGGAUUUAUUACACUCACGCGACGUCGAUUAUGUGAUAACGCUAUGAACACAUUUAUACCUGAUAAGAUAUGAAAUAGGAAGUAGGAACGAGGCAUAUCUUUGCGUUCUUGUUUCAUUGGCAUUUAAUUUUUAAAAUGGGAUUGAUUCAAGUUGUUGUUUUUUCUGAUGAUAUGUGGGAAAGUAGGAACAUUUUCCCCAGCGAUAGUUGCUGAAGGUAUUACAUCGGUGUUUUCAUUUGGUUUGGACAUUUACGGAAUCAUUGAAAGUUUCAAGGAUGACAAUUCUCACAGAGACGACAGUAAGUACGAAGAAUUGAAAAAAGAUUUCACUGACAAAAUCGCUGCAUUAACAAGUUCUAUCUCAGCAAAAAUUGAUAUGCAGGAUCAUUUUGAUAGGUUAUUUGAAAUAAGCAAAUUCAUAAAUGCUUUACUGAUUGAUAUAGAAAAUAUCAUUCAAUCAAAAACGAAGGAAGCUAGAGAUGAAAAUAUAAAAAGAUUUAAAUACGGUUUCAAAGAACACGAAGCUGAAAUACAGCAAAUUGCCCGUUUACUGACAGCUUCGAUACCCGUUAGUGGCCUGUCGAAGCCCAGUCUCAAAGACGCGCUCGUUGAAAUGGUCGACUGUAAUCUAACCAGUUUGAAAGAAUUCAUGGAUUAUUACAUGGAUCUCGUAUCAACUGCGUUUGCAAUAGAUUUAACGAAUGAGUGUUUCAACGUUGUCGAUUUGUCAAACCAAACCAAGUCUUAUUGGACAGAUGAAGUGGAGAUCCUGUUUGCAGAAUUUGAAUCGCAGAAAAACGGGUGUAUCGCUCGCUUUCCUCAGCUUGUCAAAGACGACCUCGCAGGUGAUGAGAAUGCAACUGAUCUUCAGAAAGAAAACGCGCUUAGAUAUUCAGACAAACUGAAUAGCGUCGUAUAUGUCGGCAGUGACACUUGCGGAGAGAUCAAAUAUUUGGAGAAUCGCGGUAAUAUUUUCUCAAAUACAACAGCUAGAAAAUUUGUUUUGUUCGAAAAGAAAUAUGAAAAUGAUGAAACUGUCAAUAACAACGCAACGGAAGUUGAGAAUAACAGUACAAAAUCUUUUCCAACUGAACCUGACAUUUUGAGGCUAAAAAGCAAAAUUGAGGAGGACAACUGUGAUACGGGAACAAUUAGUAAAGCGAUAUAUGAUAUGUUUUAUUGGCGAGGCUACACCCUGUCGUUCAUGUUGGUAAUGGACGAUAAGCCACAGAAUCAGCUAGCCAUCGAUCCAAGUUCUCUAUUAACUCUUAUAAAAGCAUGUGGAAAAGUCAUUCUGAUAAGGGAUGAAGAAGUGAAAACGACAAAUGCUUCCAGUUUGGAUUACAAGACGGUGAAUAUGAAAGCGGUCACAAGCGGUGUUAGUGUUGUCACUGUCAAUACAACCUUCAUAGUUUGUUUGAUUAGUUACCUUGUAGUGUUGUUUUGGUAAUAUGUCCGUUAAUUCUGGACUGAGCAAUCAGGCGGGUGGUCGAUUUAAUACGCUGUUUCGCUGGUUUUUCUUUGAACGUUGUAAUUCUUAUUGAAUAAAAUAAACAAAGUCUUGAUCCAGGCAACAUUGCUAAAACAAUCAACUCGGGUAAACUUUAUUGAUAUCGUGCUAUUGUAAUCUAAUACAUUGGUUUACAACAAUGUUCAUGCAAAUAAUUAAUUUAAUUCUUUUGUAACAUGUUUACUAUAAACAUAAAAUUAGUCAUGAUAUUCUAGUUUCACCUUUUACAUGAAGUUAAAAGGUUAAAUGUUUAAUACAUUUCAACUUACGUUGGUCUAAUAUAAAAUUGUUUGCUCUCCUACGAUAUUUUAAAAGAAAAGGAGUUUGUUUAAUUAACUUUUUGGCAUUUAAAUAACAUUGUCUAGUCAUAAAUUUUAAUAUUAUGUUAUUAAAUCAAAGGUACACUCGAUUAUAUACAGAAAUAUUAAAGUAUAAGAUAUCGAAUUAAAAAAGUAUCCAAACCAGAGAAAGCCAAAUUAAAUAUUAUAAAAUAGAAAAGUAAAAUUUAAUGCAAAAUUACUAUUCAUCAAAAAUCACUGCAAGAACUAUCAUUUUUCUGUUGUUCCUUUUUUAAGUUCAAUACAGUGCCACUUCAAAAAUUGUUUAUAUUUGUAGGCAGAGUUAUUAUAUUUUGAGAUCAAAUUCCAUAUUUAUUAAUGUUAAAAGUGUAGAAUUUAAACUGGCAAAUAUAAUCUUUGUUGUAAUUAGAGUUAUAGUAUAUUCUAUUGAUGAUUUUGUUUCAGAAUAUGUAUUCACAAUACAAGUGCAAAUAACAAUGAAAGAUCAAAAAAGAGAAUUUCACAUUAUGAAAAAAUGGCUUUUCGUGGAUUUUAAUUUUUGCAACAUGCAUCUUAAAACGUUUUAUUUCCUGCCUAUUUCACAAAGCUAUUUUCAGUGCAAUCUGCAGAAAAACGUUUAGUACGAAAAACUAAUAAUAAAUUGCUUUAAAAUGGUGUUUUAAAAGUAUAAAAUUAAUAUUUUUGACAAUAGCGGGGAACUAGGAAGUGUACUGUUUUGUAUCCAGUUACAUCUGCUUGAUGUAACAAAAAGACUUUUUCACCGAUGGUAGUUGCAGAUGGGAAUAUCCGGCUCGAGGGUAUCUGUUUUUGGCGGUAACGAGGCUCAGCCGAGUUACCGCUUAAACAGUUACCCGAGAGCCGGAUAUUUCAAUCCGGAUGAACCUACCACCAGUGACUGAAUCUUUUUCUUGCAUGCCAUAUUCAACAACUAAUAGUAAAAAUAAAUUCAAACAAAUGAUUUUCUCAAAGCACUUUUUUCUUAUAGUAACGUAUUAACAAAGAACGCGAACUUUACGUCCGUAAACAGGAAGUACGUCUUGACGAGACAAAGACGAAAACAACGUAAUAGUUCCGGUUUUGUUUUAUCAGUGAAACUUAUUACGUUCUUUCCGUAAAAUGAUGAGAAAUAUGUUAUACGGAACAAAAAGAAACUAUCAAGGUAUUUGAUUUUUAUCCCGUUUUACAUAAAACAUCAUUAUUACUACACAAUCCUUCUGUACAGAUGUAGCGCGAUAUACGUCAUUAUAGCACGAGAGUGUAAGAUGGAGUUUUCCAGCACCGGUGAAGUCACUAGAAAUCCCAGUCUGGUAUGCAAGAAAUAUCUUUCUUACGCGUAUUCUAAAGAUGUUUAGCAAAACUACUGUGAAUGCGGAUAUGGUACAAUUUUGAAUUCCCCAAGAGGAAAAAAAACCCACAUUUUUCUAUAGUUUUGAAUAAAAAAUGAAAACGACUAAACAGCAUUAAAAUUUAUAUCAGCACCGAAUACAGAUUGUUCACAUUAUGAGAUAUGACACGUAUCAAAAUGUCUUGAUAUCGAUUUUUUCAGAUCUUUUAAAUAGAAAAGCCAUAAAGACCUGUAAUUUGAUUUAGAAUGUCGUUAAAUCCAGUGACAAAAAUCAUAUAGUCGUGUCGCUUUAGUUUUGAUCUUUACCGUCAGAAACGUUAGUGUUAGCUGUAAUUUAAUAUUCUUUUAAAGAUGUUGGUGUCAAAUUAUAAAAUAUUUUUUCAAACGACGUCAUUUUGUUCAUUUUUUUGUGGAUGACGUCAGAUUGCGCGUGCAAUCUCGCAGAAAGGACCAUUCUUGAUAUUAUUACAACAAUGAUGUUUAUACCAAAAUAACCGCUUUUUUCCCAUACAAAUUAUAUAGUGAAUGUAAAUACUUGUAUAUAUAUAUUAAGAAUACGCAAACAUAUAUAUUUCUUUCCUUUUAUCGUUUUUCCAUAAGACAGGCAAUAGUUAGGUAGGCAAAGCUGAAGUAUCCAUAAUUUGAUUUUUUUUCAUGAAUAUAAUAGUACAGGAUUGUUUGAACUUCACUUGUGAUAUCAAUGAAUUAUUGACAGACUGUUGUAGCAACCGUUGUGUUUUGACGUAGGUAAACUAAUGCUUUUUUUUGAAACCGCGACUGAUAAAGAUCUAUUUUAGACAUGAAAUUGAAGUAAGAUUUAAAUAUAAAACAUUGUACAGUUUAAAUGGAAUACCAAUAACUACGCAAAAUGACCCUAUAUCAUAAUACGCAGAACAUGAACCAUCAUUUUUAUUAUUAAACGACACUCACAUAUUUCUUCGAAAGUACUACUUUAUUCUAUAUUUUGCCUAAUAAAGAAUAGAUUCACGAUAAAUUUACGCAAAUCAGAUGCGGUUACAAUGUUUUGAGAUUUGUCCCCGUAACUUGAACAUUGUACUGUUUUACAUAAUUUACAAUAAAAUGAUAUAAAAAGCAAAAUUAAAAUAGAAAAUUGUUUAUUUUCACAACGAUACAACGCAUUCUGUGUUAUUUUCAACGUUUUGUGAUAUUGUUUUAGUUAUACGUGCUAGAAGUAACUUUCUUUCACUUUGAAUGUACCCUAUAUUUUUCUCAAUUUCAUGUCAGAACGAUCUUAAUAUCAUAUCUUCUAAAAAAAAACUAGGCUUAAGGUACAGAUAUUCAAUCGAUAUUGUAAAGCUUAUCAAAAUCUGUUUUAAGUGUCCAAACGUUCAUGCAUACAUACGGUAUAUGUUUGUAAACAAUAAUCACUGUAAAAUUUGAGGACUUAAUGCUAUCAAAAUUUUACAGCAGAUAUACAGUUGAAAAGCGGACGAAAUUGUGCAUGAGGUACAAGUUCGAUCUCCACUCGUCCAACUAUAACGGCUAACAUUCUUUUAAAGGCACAGGCGUUUCAGGUUAACAAGUGCCUUCCACUUUUUUUUGUGUACAUCUGCAUUUAUUUUAUGACAAAUAUUUCCCAAUGAACAAUAAACAACUUUUGUAAUUUCA